AUGCCCUCCCUACCCCUCGAAUUCUUCACCACCUUCUUCUCCCUCCUCAUAUCCAGCCACCGCAACAUCCAUCGCUUCUACCCCCAAUUCCUCCCCCAACCACUCCUCUUCAAAUCGAACUUCCUCACUUGUCCCCAAAACCCCUUCAUAACGAAUCUCAUCAACGCAAGCAUACUCCUCCUUCCCAUCAUUUUACUUUUCCGGCUUUAUAAACGAGGCUUUCAUGAGAAAUUUCAUGAUUUUAUCGUUCCUUUUGCUUUUUGUAUUGUGUGGGGAAUGUUUAUCUUUGAGGGAAAGGAAGAAUUGGUGAAGACUGAUGUUGUGGUGUUUACGAUUUUUCCUUGGUUGGUGUUUUUAGGGUUGUUGGUGAGUUGUAUUUGCGGAUGA